ACUCGAGGCUGGGGGUGGAAUUAUUCCAUGCUGAUUGGCCCACCCCCUAUUUCACCCUCUUUGGAACGCUGCCUAGUUCUACUGCGCAUGUGCCACACUACAAAGCGUGCUUCCGCCAAUCAGCAGACGUCACAUUUCUCCCGCCUCAACCUCUCCUCUGGCGCGAGACUUCUUAAGAAGCCAAUUUUCUCAACGUGUUUCUAUGGCAACCGUCGGGUUGUCUCCUUGAAAAAAUCAAAAGUCCCGCCCUCCCCUUCUAGAAAGCAGAAGGCUGAUUAGAUUGUUCAACGGAAUAAAAGCUGGACUAUUAAAUCCAGUCACCGCCUGAUUUCGAUUCUGUCUCUACUGGCCAAGCGGGAACCUCUUACAGACCGGUAAGCGGGCGGAGACGGGCAGUCGAGCAAAGCCCCCUGGGAAGCCCUGUCUCGGCGCUGGCGCGGCGGGUCCUGCGUGGAGAAAUUCUGAGAUUCGCGCGGCACCGGAAGUGGCUCUGAGGAGGCCGGUGUGAGAGGAUUCGGGUCUCCGGCUCCACCCGGGCCGGAGUCGCGUCUGUUGGCUCGGCGGGCCACCAUCUCGAGGGAGACUCAUGUUCUGACUCAUCCUACUUCUGGACAUUUUGGGGGCUCAUCCAGCAUGGCCAGGAAAUCAGUCCUACAAGGAAGGAAGACUGUCUCCCAGUUUCCUUAUCCUUCCUUCGGCCCUGCCAGCUGGGAACAUGGAGGGGAAGAAGGAGGAGCUUAAACUAGGACUCGGGCUGCUGGGCCUAGUCGGCUAUUACUGAGUAACUUGUAACCCUCAAGGACGUGGCCAUGGACUUCACUUUGGAGGGCUGGGAGCAGCUGGGGCUGGACCAGGGGGACCUGUUCUGGGACACGGCAUUGGACAACUACCAGAAGCUCUUCUUGCUGAACCCCCUGAGACCCAAUCAGACCUCCUGUCCAGAUGGUGGGGAAGAGCAGGAGAUCCCGGAGAGAGGAAGUCCAGAAGUGACAGGCCCUGACACAGCUGAGGCCAAGAUUUCCCCUUUGCCACAGGAAUUCUCAGAAGGACUCUCUCAGGAGAUAUUGGAGACGUUUUCCAAGGAUGGCCUCUGGAACUCUAACUUCGGAGAAGCCUACAUGGACGAGAGCUGGUUAGAUAGUUUGCUAGGAGAUCCAGAAAGUCUUAUAAGUUCUGAAGUUGUCACCAACAAGGAAAGUUCCACAGAGUGCAAGAGUCAUGAACUCAAGAGUGGCCUUGGUCCUGAGUCCUUCCUUUUCACAGGAGAGGAUUCCCUGAUCCAUGACCUUUCUGAGAAGAGCCUGACGCCAGCUAAGUCUCAGGAAUGUAGGAAUGACAUUGGCUCCCACUCAGACCAGAGUCAGCAGGAUGCUGUCCAGGAAGGGGUGAGACCAUAUAAAUGUAGUGAAUGUGGGAAGAGCUUCAGCCGGAGUUGCCAUCUUAUUCAGCAUUGGAUUACUACUCAUAUGGCGGAGAAACCAACUGGGAAUCAAGAGUAUGAGAAUAGUUUCAACCAGAUUUCUUGCCUUCCUGUCUAUCCAAGGACUCACACAGGUUACAAAUCCUAUGUGUGUAACAAGUGUGGGAAAACUUUUAGAAACAACACACACCUUCUGAGGCAUCAAAAAAUUCACACUGGAGAAAAAACACGUAAGAGUCAAGACAGUGACCAUUCAUCAGGUCUUGUCUCACAGCUUGUUAAACAGCAGAAAACCCACAAAAUUCAUAAAUCCUACAAGUGUAAUGAGUGUGGCAAGAGUUUCAGCCGAACCCUUCAUCUUAUUCAGCAUCAGAAGACCCACACUCGGAAACGCUAUGAAUGUGUCAAAUGCAAGGCCACCUUCAACUUCAACAAAUACCUCCUCCAACAUCAGAAAAUUCAUGCUUCAAAAACUACCUCUAAGUGUCAGGAAUGUGGGAAGACCUUCAGGCAUAGCUCAUCCCUCAUUAAACACCAGUCUACUCACUCGGGAGAAAAGCCUUAUAAGUGUGACGAGUGUGGGAAAUGCUUCAGUCAUAGCUUGACCCUAAAGAGCCACCAGAGGGUUCACAGUGGAGAGAAGCCUUACAAAUGUAGUCAAUGUGAGAAAGCCUUCUACCGAAACACUCAUCUGAAUGAACAUCAGAGAAUUCACACGGGCUACAGGCCCCACAAAUGUAACAAAUGUGUCAAAAGUUUCAGCCGGCCUUCCCACCUGAUUCGACACCAGUCUGUUCAUGCCACAGAAAAGCCCUACAGAUGUGCUGAAUGCAAUGAGACCUUCAGCCAUAAUGAACGGCUUGUCCGGCACCAAAAAAUGCAUGCUAUGGAAACCCGCUAUGAAUGUCAGGAGUGUGGUGAGCGCUUCAUUUGCAGCUCGACCCUAACCUGCCACCAGAGCAUUCACACCCAAGAAAAACAAGGACUUGAUGGGAGCGGCAAGAUCUUGAAUCAGAACCUAGAACAGAAAGAUCAUCCAAGGAGUGGCGAGAAGCACUUUAAAUGUAACACAUGCGAGAAAACAUUCAGCUGCAGCAAAUACCUGACUCAGCAUGAGAGGCUUCACACCAGGGAGAAGCCCUUUGAGUGUAAACAGUGUGGGAAAGCCUUUGUCCAAAGUGCACAGCUCAUUCACCACGAGAUCAUACACUCUGGAGUGAGGCCAUAUAAAUUAUUUUCUUAACUAGCCCACAGAAAGUCAAGAAGAGCACUUAAACUAACAUCAAAUGGCUAAAACUUUUUACUCGUAACCUUUCCACAUACACGUGCCAUCUUAUUUUUUCUAAUCCUUACCCAAGGACAUGUUUUUAUUGAUUUUUAGAGAGAAGGGAAGGGGGGUGGGGAGCAUUAAUUGGCUGCCUCCUGCACGUGCCCUGACCAGGGAUCAAACCUACAACCUAGGUAGUUGCCCUGACUGGGAAUUGAACCCACAACCUUUUGGUGUACGGAACGACACUCCAACCAAUUGAGCCACUCAGCCAGGAGCACAUGCCACCUUUUUCCAUAAUCUUCCCAUGUUUAAAGUUUAAAGGAACCCAUUUUUUGUUAAUUGGAGUUAAUGAUCCUGGAACAGCUGGAUUCAGUUAGGAAAGCUGCACUGGAUAUUGUCACAGUGCACACUAUACAGAGGAUGUGCUUGGUGGUGAAACUUGUGAUGGACUGCUGGAAUCUUCUUCAUGCACCAUUUGUCCAAGCUGGCUACUCACCAGGCACUUUCCCAGGCGCCAGGACAGGGAAUGUCAGUAUGGUAAGCCCUGCCCUUGCCUCGAAGCUUCUGGAAUCCAAGGGAAAUUGGUCCCAUUUUCACAGAGGAGUGCUGUUUGUUGACAAGUGACAUCUUAAAAUGCCACAUUCCCUCAUGUCACAGCAAGUUCUGGGGCCGCUGAGGAUUGUUAGAGCCCAGUAAGGAAAAGAGCUUUCCUGUUGGAGCCAUCAAGUCGACAGCUCACCUCGGCCAGGCCUGUGCUACAGCAGAGACUCACCUCAUGGAACCACACAGCCUGCUCCUCUAGAUGGCAGCUCUUCCUGGGCUUUUGUUGCCCUACCCACUAAGUGAACAAGUCACAUGUUUGCUGAAGCACAAACAAUCUUAGACAUUGGACACUUAAUAUCUUUCAUAUUCUUGGUGCUAAAAAAGUGUAAGAGUAUGUUUCCGGUGGCUCUUGGGCUUUUUAAGCCUUGCACCUUGAGUUCUGCUGGUUGGUUUUGUUCUUGAAACUAGGAACUUAAUGGUUAAUUAUUAGGCCGACUGCGCAGUGGGGAGCUUACUGGUUUUCUAAUGGCCAAAAUGUCCCACUCCCUGUGCAUGGUCCCUGCCCUUGAAACUGUCUAGUCUGGGUGACAGGCCGGUGGGGUGUACAAAGUGUUGCGGGAUGGGGCAGAGGUGGGAACUCAAAAUGAGUUGAAGUGUAUUCAAUGAAGAGUUUUAAUACUAAACUCACAGGUCAGAGACCCUGUGGAAAAUCAGCAGCUUGGGGGGAGGGGCAGUUUUUGUAACUAAUGACCUGUGUUGCUAUGAGCCAGGGUAGAAAUGCCCUCCUUGUGUGUAUGUUGAUUCUCUGAUUAAAGUUUUGAGU